AUGCCACCUGUCAGUGUCCAUCAGUGCCAGCUGUCAGUGCUCAUCAAUGCCACCUGCCAGUGCCCAUCAGUGCCACAUCAAUGCCAUAUUUCAGUGCCUACCAGUUCACAUCAAUGCCACAUAUCAGUGCCCAUCUGAGCUGCCUUUCAGUGUCACCCAUCAGUGCCAGUCAGUGCCACCUAUCAAUGCCAGUCAGCGCCACCUAUCAGUGCUGCCAAUCAGUUCCACCUAUCAGUGCCAAUCAGUUCCACCUAUCAGUGCCCGUCAUCAGUGCACCUAACAGUGCCAGUCAGUGCCGCCUAUCAGUGCCAGUCAGUGCCGCC